UGAUGCCAUCGCUGCAGCCGUCCAUGGCUACGACGCCCGAGCCAGGCAAAGUGAUCCCGUGGCGGCGCUGGGCGUUCGCCAGCUUGGGCUCGGUGCUGUCCAACUUCGGCUCGCUGUGGUUCCUCCUGGCGCCGCUGCUCGCCGCCUACGCGCCGCGGCGGCUGUUCAAGACCUACUUCGACCUCUUCCUCCGCCGCUACGCCCGCCGGCUGCUCGCCGUCGUCGACCCCUACGUCACCGUCGACGUCUCCGAGCCGGGCGGGGCGGCCAGCGCGCACUACUCCCGGUACGGCCGCGUCACCGAGCACGACAGCGCCUACGAGGAGGUGAAGGCGUACCUGAGCGACACGUGCGCGGGGGAGGCUCGCGAGCUCCGCGCCGAGGGCGCCCCGGAGGGCGAUGGCGUCGUGAUCAGCAUGCGCGACGGGCAGGACGUCGCCGACGAGUUCGGGGGCGCCACCGUGUGGUGGACGUCGGUGGUGCGGGAGAACUCGCAGGGGCAGCAGCGGCCGCACACCAGGCAGUGCCAGCGCCUCACGUUCCACCAGCGCGACCGCCGCCUCGUCGUCGACGAGUACCUGCCGCACGUCCGCCGGAAGGGCCGCGAGAUCCUCUUCAGCAACCGCCGGCGACGGCUCUACACCAACAACAAAUCCGGCGAAUCCUUCCGGUAUGAUUACAAGGCAUGGAGCUACAUCGACUUCGACCACCCGACGACGUUCGACACGUUGGCCAUGGACGUGGCCAAGAAGAGGGAGAUCAUCGACGACCUCAACGCGUUCCGGAGCAACAGGGAAUUCUACCGGCGCGCCGGCAAGCCGUGGAAACGUGGAUACUUACUGUACGGCCCACCGGGCACCGGCAAGUCAACCAUGAUUGCUGCCAUGGCCAACUACCUCGACUACGACAUCUACGACGUCGAGCUCACCGUGGUGAAAGACAACAACGACCUCCGCAGGCUCCUGAUCGAGACGACCAGCAAGUCGAUCAUCGUCAUCGAGGACAUCGACUGCUCCCUCGACCUCACCGGCGACCGCGCCACGCAGCGGCGGAGGCGCCAUGACAGGGACAACAGCAACACAAGGGACGAGAACAGCCGGCGUGACGGCAGCAUGGUGACCUUGUCCGGCCUGCUCAACUUCAUCGACGGGCUCUGGUCGGCGUGCGGCGGCGAGCGGAUCAUCGUGUUCACGACCAACCACGUCGAAAGGCUCGACGAGGCGCUGAUCCGGCGGGGCAGGAUGGACAUGCACAUCGUGAUGUCCUACUGCGGCUUCGACGCCUUCAGGACCCUCGCCAAGAACUACCUCGGCAUCGACGACCACGCCCUCUUCAGCGCCGUCGACGAGAUCCUCGGCAGGGAGAGCAUCACGCCGGCCGACGUCGCCGAGUGCCUCAUGACGGCCAAGCGUGCCGGCUCCGACGAGCCGUCCCGCCUUCUUGAGAUCGUGGUCGACGAGCUGAAGCAGAGGGUGGAAGCGAACGCGAAGGUGAAGGCGGAGGCGGAGGCGAAGGCCGAGGCGGAGGAAGAAGCCGAGGCGGCUGAGAUGGACCGUGACGACCGACGGGGAGAACAAAAUGGACGAAAAUCUCCCAAAAUUUGAGCAUACAGGAGGUUUUGUAAACCGUCUUUACGGAUUUCUAGUUCUGCGAUGGACACGCAAAUGAGUACUUACUGCUCAUUUUAAUCUUAACAUCUUUGAUUUUUUAAUAUCCAUUU